AUGGGAAUCCAAGGAUUGUUGCAAUCACUUCGCCCUAUUCAAAGAACCAUCAAUAUCUCAGAAUACCAAGGCAAAACUGUCGCUAUCGAUGGUCAUUGUAUCCUUCAUCGUGGCGGUUUCGGUGCUGCAACAAAGAUUGCAUUGAACCAACCUACCGAUUCAUAUGUAAACUAUUUCAUGCAAUUCAUGGGCUUGCUUGAGUAUCAUGGUGUCACACCUAUCGUGGUUUUUGACGGCCUCCCUCUCCCUUUAAAGCAAAUCACCACGGAUGAACGUCGCAAAAACCGUCAAGCUGCAUUGAAACAGGGCCUGAAGCUGCAUGAACAAGGCAAAACUGCCGCAGCUGAGAAAUACUUUCAACAAUCAGUGUCUAUUUCGAAUGACAUGAUUAUUACUGUCAUUAGAAGACUGAUGGAAAAGAAGAUCCAGUGCAUUGUAGCACCCAACGAAGCUGAUGCUCAACUUACUCACUUGGUGAAUACAGGAAAAGUGGAUGCUGUUGUCACUGAGGAUUCCGAUCUCUUGGCUUUUGGAUGUGCGAAGAUCAUCUACAAGAUUGAUAGAUACGGUGAUGGUAUCGAAAUCUGCAUGGAUAAAGUCAUGAAUGACCACAGAAGCACCCUUCACGAAUAUGACGCUGAAACCAUUCGACAUAUCUGUAUUUUAUCCGGUUGUGAUUACCUGCCUUCCAUCAAGGGCGUUGGCCUCAAAACAAUACUGAAAAGAUACGAAAUCAACAGAAACACGGAUCAAGCAUUGUACAACUUGCAGCACCAAUUCAAGAAAGACUUCCCUGCUGAUUAUAUUGAGAAGUUUUACUUUGCAAAUCUUGGGUUCUUGCACCAGUGGGUCUACGACAUUGAUGAAAAGAACUACAAGCGUUUAAACCCACUGCCAAGCGAAUGCUCUGAAGACGAUAUCAAGUUGCUAGGUAGAAUUCCAACCGUGCAAGACUCCACCAUGUUCCGCGUCAAUAAGAUCAUCCCCAAGCCUAAGCCCCAGGAUAAUCCAUUAAAAGAGUGCAUUGUAAAAGAGUUUCUUGCUUAUACCGAGUCAUCCAAAGAGAAUAUCAUGCCUUCACACUUGGGAGUACCAUUUUCAGCAACAUCACCAAAGUCGCCCAAAUCACCCAAAUCACCUUCAUCGUCGUUUGGAAUAAGGUCAAGACAAGUGUUGUCUGUAUCUAAAUUACCUCAACACAACAGUAAUAUUAUUACAGCGGCAGAUUCAUGGACUACAACAUCUGAUGAGCCUUCUUCAUACUUGUCUAUGCCAAGAGUGGUAACACAAGGCGAAAGACUUGAAGCUCUGUACAAAAGAUUCGGUGUGUUACCAAGAAAGCCUCGACAGGUUACCAGUAAAUCAACUGCUGCUUCAAGGAGCCUAACCGAUACAUCGCCAUCCACCAGCUUACCAACUAAUAGCAACAAGCCACCAUCAUCUGAAUCUGAGAGUACCUCAUCUCGUGGCAUUGGAAAGAUUUUCCGUGGAACCAAUAUUAAAUCAGCAGCUAAUCUUCCUACUUUCUACUCGCGAGAUCGUGAUUCAUGGAUGUCUUACAUCAAGCACAAACAUAGUCCUCAUCCAUUAGCAUUGGGUUCCACAGUAAAACGUCUCUAUCAGCGCAUGAAGAGCAAGAAAGAUGCAUCUGAAACACCUUUAUCAUCGUCUCCAAGUUCUCCAACUUCACCAUCUCCAGUUGAACAACCUUUGGUGCCUUUGACUGAAACAAGCACAGCUUCAAUAACAAUCCAAAAAGACGCUGUUGAACCAACCCAAUCAAACACCGUUAAACCAACUCAAGCAGACGCUGUUGAUGCAACUCACGACUACCCCAUCUCUCCUCCUCAUACCUCAUUAAUGGAAUAUGAGAUGUCUAGCAACACCACUGUGAACGCGUCUGAUACCACAGCAUCUAAUGGCAACAUUAGCACAGACAAAGUAGCACAUGAGAUGGAUCAAACAUCAAGUGGCCAAGCCUGGGAGAUGAACAGCCGAUCUUCACCUUUAUCGUCGCUUACAGCUACAUCUAGCGAACAGAUCAAAGUUCCAUAUAAUCGCCAUACCCAAGCCAGUAAAUGGACUCAAAUUCUAAAUUCAACGCCAUCAUCUGGUUACAUACCAUCCAACGCACGUACCAACUAUUUAAGAAGCAACACAACUACAUGCAGCAACCAUAAUACGAUUCUAUAUAAUCGACAUACCCAAGCCAAGCCCAUGUACAGCGAUUCGGCUCCACCUGUAAAUAAAACACCAUCAUCUGAUUACAUACCGACCAUUGCACAUAUCAAACAGACUUCAAUCCAACAUCAUCAAAACACUCAAGCUAUGGCUAGUGAACUAGCUCAGCCUAUUGGCUUGGCGGCUGGAUCUGAUGCCACAUUACCUAACGAAUAUAUCAGUCAUUCAGCAAGCAAUACGACUAUAUCCAUCAAACACAAUACAACUCUACAUAAUCAACAUACCCAAUCCAGGCCCAAGGCCAGUGAAUUAGCUCAACCUGUGGAUAUGGCGCCAGCAUCUGAACACACACCUUACAACGCUCACAACAACCAUUUAACAGGCAAUGCAACUAAAGCGACAGCUACAACGGUCAUCGAGCCACCUCAAAAUAUAUCAAAUGAUGGUGAAAAGGAGAACAGUAACGCCAGUAGCAGCAAAUACCAUAGUAAUGACCGCCAUAUGAGCUUCUUAACCCCAACAUAUGAUAUAUCGAGGUUUAAUGACGAGAAAUUCAAGAAAAGAUCGUUGCACAGUGCUUCCACAACGCAAAGGAGUAGUUCUGACAAGCACAUCACCGCUCGUCCACCCGCACUCAAUGUUCACGUCAACUAUCCAACGAGCACUACAGCUACAUCCAUAAAUGAGGGUACAAUUCCACAUCAUCAGGAAGCUCAAGCCAAAUCCAUGGUCAAUGAUCCAACUCAACCCGUAAAUAUGGUACCAUUGUCUGUGCCUCCCAAUGCCCACAACAACCUCCCAAAAGCCAAUGCAGUUAAAACAACAACAGCGGCUACAACGACUGUCAACACGCCUCAGCAUGCACCAAAGAGUGAUGAAAAGGAGAACCCCAACGCUAGCAGCAAUAAAUACCACUACUGUAAUCCCCUUAUGAGCCAUUCAAACAUGUCAAAUACAACACAUGUGCUGCCUGAUUUUAACAGUGCGCAAUCCAGAAAAAGAUUCUUCGACCAGACAGAGCACAGCCCAUCCACUAUUCAAGGCAAUAGUCGCAAGAAAUGCUUCCCAGCUCUUCCACCCUUACCAAAGCGCAGAUACCGCCGUCAUUAA